CCGAAGUCCAAACACUCCCUUAGCCCACCGAUCCCUCCCCCCCUAAUCGAUUCCCACCCUCCCUCUCAAUUUUUUAUUUGACUUUUUCUCCGGAUCUCAAAAAUUCCCAUUCUUAUUAACUUCAAUUCAGGGUUUUUAAGUAAAAAAGGAAAAAAAAAUCAACAGAUUAGGGUUUUUUUCCCCUAAUCUUUUUAUUAUUUCAAUUUUGUGUUUUAUUUAAUUUGCUCGGGGGAAUCGGAAUGGUGGGUUCUCAGAGCCCAAACAGAACUGCGGCGAAGAGGUACGGAAUAAUGAAACCAAUCUCCGUCGCGGGUCCUACUGAACCUGAUCUCCAUCGAAAUGCGGAAUUAGAGAAGUUUUUGGUUGAUUCGGGUUUAUACGAGAGCAAAGAAGAGGCUAUGAAGAGAGAAGAGGUUCUGGGCCGUAUCGAUCAGAUUGUGAAAGACUGGGUUAAGCGAUUGACGCGUCAAAGGGGAUAUACUGAUCAGAUGGUAGAGGAAGCCAAUGCUGUUAUUUUUACUUUCGGGUCUUAUCGUCUUGGGGUGCAUGGUCCUGGGGCUGACAUAGACACCUUGUGUGUUGGACCAUCAUAUGUGAAUCGAGAGGGAGACUUCUUUAUUGUCUUGCAUGAUAAGCUGGCUGAGAUGGAAGAAGUUACUGAACUUCAGCCAGUUCCAGAUGCUCAUGUCCCAGUUAUGAAGUUUAAAUUCCAGGGAAUAUCAAUUGACCUUCUCUAUGCAAGUAUAUCCCUUUUGGUUGUUCCAGAAGACCUGGACAUCUCCAAUGGGUCUGUGCUCUAUGAAGUUGAUGAGCAAACUGUUCGAAGUCUAAAUGGGUGCAGGGUUGCUGAUCAAAUUCUUAAACUUGUUCCAAAUGUUGAGCACUUUCGGGCAACACUCAGAUGUCUGAAGUUUUGGGCUAAAAGGCGCGGUGUUUAUUCAAAUGUUACUGGUUUCCUUGGUGGAGUAAACUGGGCUCUUCUAGUUGCUCGAGUGUGCCAGCUUUAUCCUAAUGCAAUUCCUAGUAUGCUAGUCUCUCGGUUCUUCAGAGUCUAUACACAAUGGCGUUGGCCGAAUCCUGUGAUGCUAUGCUCAAUAGAAGAAGAUGCGCUUGGGUUUCCUGUGUGGGAUCCUCGCAAAAAUCCUCGAGACCGGUUUCAUCAUAUGCCAAUAAUAACUCCUGCAUAUCCUUGCAUGAAUUCUAGCUACAAUGUGUCUACAAGUACUCUUCGUGUUAUGACAGAGCAAUUCCAAAGUGGUAACAGGAUAUGUGAGGAGAUUGAGCUGAACAAGGCACAGUGGAGUGCUCUUUUUGAGCCUUAUCUUUUCUUUGAGGCAUACAAAAAUUACCUGCAAGUUGACAUAGUUGCAGCAGAUGCUGUUGAUUUGUUAGCUUGGAAAGGCUGGGUAGAGUCUCGGCUUAGACAACUUACCUUGAAGAUAGAGCGGGACACCGAUGGGAUGCUGCAGUGCCAUCCUUAUCCAAAUGAGUAUAUAGAUCCGUCCAAGCAAUGCGCACAUUGUGCUUUCUUCAUGGGUUUGCAGAGGAAAGAGGGAGUGACUGGCCAGGAGGGCCAGCAAUUUGAUAUACGGGGAACAGUUGAUGAGUUUAGGCAAGAUAUAAACAUGUACUUGCCUUGGAAACCAGGGAUGGAUAUAUAUGUCUCUCAUGUUCGUAGAAGACAGCUUCCGGGCUUUGUUUUCCCUGAUGGGUACAAGCGUUCUCGACCAUCACGACAUAUGAACCAACAGACUAACAGGACUAGUGAAGAUGUUGCAAGAUCCCUGUCUGGGUCUGCUGAGAGACAUGUUAAGAGGAAAAAUGAUUGUGAAAUGGCAGAUUUGAAGCCAGUUAAACCAGAGAAACGGGCAUCUACAAGCCCACAAAGACUGCAGUCUGUUUCUCCUUCUAGUAGUGCUGGUAGGUCUGGUGUGACGUCUCUGGCUGGUUCCUGUGAAGGGGUUAUAUUAGGGUGUUCAACCAUUGGGGACAUUGUUAGCAACUGCGAGGAUGUUGCUAGCAACUCCGAGGUUAGGUCAACUAGUGGGCAGUUGGAGAGUGAAAAAGGUGAUUUGGGGGAUGCUAGGCAGCUGGGUGUGACUGUCUAUCAGGAGUCACCCUUAAAUCAGCAGACCUCAAUGGACGUACAUGAUUCACCAAUAGUUAGGAAUGAGCUAGAACCAGCUGAUCAUAUGAAUGGCUCAGAGCCAAUGGGAUUGAUGUUUGAUCCAAUUACAAAGCAGGAGUUGGUCAGUUCACAUGAAGUGCCAAAUUUUGAAACUGGGGAAAAACAUAAGGAGGUUGGCGUGAAUGAGAAAAUUGAGGAUUUGGGGUCAAAUUUCUUGGAGAAUGGAUCUUCAAGGAAACUGAUGAAUUGGGUUGGGGGUGCUAGUCGAGGCAUGGAGGUUGACCAAGAACUUGUCAAACCAUGUAGUCAGACAGCUGUUGUAGAAUUUGCUGAAAGUGUUAUAAGUUCACAUUCUGGCUCUCAGAACCUCAACUACGAGGGUAAUGUGUGUGCUGUGGAUGCGGAUUCACUUCUGGAAAGUGGAUGUUUGAAUGUGAGUGGAUGAGUAUUAUUGCAGAACGGCUUGCCAGAAGAAUUAGAGCCGAAGACUGCAAUUGGGAAAGUUUUAAAUUCUCAAGAUGGUGCUAGGUCAGAAUCUUUGCAGAAGCCAGUGAUAAGGUUGAGUCUGAAGUCAUCUGCGUAGCAUUGGGCAAGGGGGAACACUGUAAUGUAAUCACUGUUUAUAAAGGAAAGGACCAGCAACUUGGUAAGUUAAACAUUAAUUGCUGGCUUUCGUUGCGGGUGUCUUGGUGUGUGUUUGGCACUACCGUGUGGACUGGGACAGGUCAGCCAUCAAUUAAACUGUGAAUAGCUCAGUGGUUUGGCCAAGUUUUGGGUGUGAGUUCCUUUGCUGCGUUUGGCAGAAGCUGUAAACUUCCUGGUGCCAAGAAGCUGUUGAGCAUGCCGGUGCUUUGAAGACUUUGUGCAUUAUUAUCGAGUUGUAUUUGUUGUUUCCUUGUAGGCGUGGGGAAUUCACUUAGGCAGUCCUUCCGCAGGUGGGUGAGGAUAGUUUCCUGCCAAUGAAAUGUCUAUUUGGAAUCAACAAUACUGCAAAUAAGAUCAAUUUGGUUAUGUGAUUUGUAAAGGUUUUUUUGUCUGUAUACUCGACUUCUUGUAUGUAAGUUUAUUUAGGAA